AUGAUGCCGUCCGUCUCGGAAGUCGUGGCCUUGUUCGACCUCACCGCCAUCAUCCUCCUGCUGACGACCGUCGUCGUCUUCGUCAUCCCCAUCUUCAUCUUGUUCCCGCCCAUUCCAGUGGAGCGCAGUGAUGCCCUGCGGCAAACUCACACCAAGCUCGGCAUCCCUGCAUCUCAGAGCAACCUCCGAACGCAGACAUCGCCGGAGCACAACCACCAGCCAGGCAAGCCCGCAAAGAUCCAAAGCUUAUACGUAUAUCCCGUCAAGUCGUGCCGGGGCAUAGAGGUUGGGCACGGCAAAGUGCUGCCCAAGGGGCUUGAGUUUGAUCGCCUCUUUGCUUUCGCGAGACAGAAACCCAAGGCGGCGAGUGCUCUCAUGCCGUCUGGAGAAGAUGAAGCCCAGCCGAAGAAGAAUCCGCAAUGGGAGGUCAUCACUCUAAGGCAAGUGCCGUUGCUCGCAAACAUCAAGGUCGACCUCUGGCUUCCGGAUGUGAGCAAGACAAGCCGUCAGCUUGGUAGAGUGGGCGGCCGGUUCAUCGUCAUCAGGUUCCCAUGGAGAGACUCUGGCCUGAAGGGCGUGAUUCAGUGGAUAUCUGCCAAGUUGAGCCGCGGCCUCAGCGGCACUCCAGAAAAAGAGUUCAUGCUAUCAAUUGACUUCCCCCCUCCUGGUGAAAUCAAAGCUGCGGGCUACCAAUACGAGGACACGUCGUUUUUCACAAAGAGCGUUUAUGCGCUCAACAUGAGCAACGAGGUCCCGCCAGAGUUGGGCCUGUAUCUGGGGGUCGCUGUACCGGUAACCAUUUUCAUGGUAGAUCCAGACCAGAGGAGGGAAGUCUUUAGGAAUGCGCCGCGCAAAGCCGAUGCUGGAUACCAGCCCGUCAUUGAUUUUCAAGAUGCAUAUCCACUACAUCUCCUCAACCUGACGAGCGUCCGCGCUUUAGAGUCCAAGGUUCAAAAGGACCAAAAUCUUCAGUUUCUGGACGCGCGCCGCUUCCGCCCGAAUAUCAUUGUUUCUGGUCUCAAGGAGUAUGACGAGGACGACUGGCGAAGUAUUGAAUUCUCCCAGCCUCCCCAGAGCGCCACAGCCAAGUUGUCAGGGAGCAAGUUCGACGUCUCCUGUCGCACCGUUCGAUGCAAGUUGCCAAAUGUCGAUCCAGCUACGGGGAUUAGACACAAGAUGGAGCCCGAUAAUUCGCUCAGGAAGUAUCGAAACAUUGAUGAGGGGGCUCCUAAGAGUGGUUGCAUGGGCAUGCAACUCUGUCCCAUAUUUCCAAAGACCGACGACCCAGAAGACCUUGAAUUGUCACUGGAAGUGGGUAUGGAGAUUAAGGUUCUGCAACGGGGCCAUCACUUGGCCUUGUAG